AAAUCUAUGAUGUCUCUACUUCCAGGAUGUUCUAUGGUCCGGGAGGGCCUUAUGCAAUGUUUGCUGGGAAGGAUGCAAGCAGAGCCUUAGCUCAACUGUCAUUUGACCCUAAGGAGAUUAAUGGGAACCUUGAAGGCCUGAGUGACGCUGAGCUGGAAAUUCUGCUGGAUUGGGAGGACAAAUUCAUGGAUAAGUACCCUAAGGUGGGACAAAUUGUCUCUGAGAAGAAGACAGUUGGUGAGUUGCCAGAGGGCAACAAUGAAACAGACAUGCAUUUGGGAAGUAGUAGAAUUAGAGAUUAGGGAAUGUAAAAUGAAUUCCAGUGCAGAUAACAAAGAAGCCAUCUGGUUGGGGAGCUUACACACCCCAGUCCCCAGAUAGACAAGGCUGAUAUGGGUAUUUCCGCAAUUUUCAAAUACAUCCAGCAAGUAAGACCAAUGAUCCAACACAUCGCGGCUUAAAUAAGAGUAAAACAUAACAUAUUUCUCCAAAUUAGAGUGUCAUUAUUUUUAUUUUUUUAAUUCUUUUAAUAGGACUAUAUGAGUUCCGUUUUGAUAAUAGAACAUACCCUUAUUUUUUAGAUUUGUUCAUAUUUUAGUCAUAUUUUGAUAAAUCGGCCCACAUUUAUGCACAGGGAAUUCUUAAUAGAAAGCAAAUCCAAAACAGAUAAUGAAAAGUACCAGCUGCAUGAUGC